UCGUAAAAAAUGGCUUCAAAAGUAAAGAAACAAAAAAUUGAGACUGUGUCUGACGAUGUAGUAAUCCCUGACAAUACUAUAACUACCAAAAAACAGAAAAAAAUUAAGGCUAAGGAAUCUGACGCCGGCUAUGGAUCCGGAGAAUUUUCAUUGGACUGGAAUGUGGAUGACUACAGGACGGAAUAUGAGAGUGAGGAGCAUUGGGAGUUGCGGCGCAGCUUUAUGGUCGCCCACAAGGAUCGCUUUGAAGAGGACCGCAUGGUGUGCCUGGCUCAGACAUUUGUCAAUAUGGAAUUCCUCGGCUGCAAAUACCCAAGCGAAACGAUGCAUCUGGUGGCGGAAUUGUCCAAAGACAUCGCUGAAGAGUUUAGACGGAAGCGUGACCAGCGUCUGAAGCGAACAUUUGUCUCCGCAUCGGAUGCGGCGGAGCAGCGCGCCAAAGGGCGCAGUGGUUCAACAAAGCCAAAUCAACGCCAGGAUGAGCAGCGGGGUAGCACCAAUCCAUACAGUCGAGAACGUCAGUGUUUUGGCGGCGGAAAACCAAUUGAUCUCUUCGAGGGCCUACGAUUUGGCAGUCUCAUACUAUACCUAGCCGGCGGACGGAGUUGUUUGCGCAAUUCGUGUACCAUAAGCCAAAUUAAGUACGAGGAGCGUCCGUGCAAAGAGCCCGAAUCCACUGAAAAGACGAAAUAUUCCGAGAUUCUUGUGAAUAACGAGGUUAUUGCAGUUGGCCAAGGUGAAACCCUCAAGGCGGCCAAGAUUGCAGCAUUUAAACAGGCAUUGUUCCUGCUCCAAACACACUGCUACAGCAUCAAGCUAAACGCCACCCGCCAAACCAUCAAAGUCGAGAAGACUGUCAAUGGUGUGAACAUCAAUGUGACGAAGGAGUCUGCAGAUAGCCUGGGCGAUCCCAAAUUGGAUGAAACCAACAAGGGCUACCGCAUGAUGCGUCUCAUGGGCUGGACGGGCGGUGGCUUGGGACGCGAAAAGCAGGGACGCGAGGAACCCGUUGGAUAUUUGCUGAAGAGCAAUCGCACUGGCUUGGGUGGCUGUAACAAGCCGCAUGUAAAUCUUGGUGACUAUCGCAAGAUGAUUGAAAACUAUGUCAAAUCGGAUGAUAUGCGCGAUAUGCAAUUUGAGCCAACGUUCUCCAAGGAAGAGCGUGCCUCAUUUCACAAGAUUGCGAGUAAAUACGGUUUACGCUCGGGUAGCUAUGGCAAUGGGGAAUCUCGGCGUCUCCUAAUCACGAAAAAAGUUGACCACAAGACGAUACUCCAGGAAGUACUAUCCCGCCGCAAUACAAAAUUCACUGAGCGCUAUUUUGUUCAAGUCCCCAUGCAGAAGGCCCACCUCUUUCCGGGCCACGUUGCUAGUUUGGAUCUGGAGGGCAUGGAUGAUUAAGAGAUUAAGAAAAUUUUGUUGAAGCUCAGCUCAUUCUACUGCUAUAAUUAAGGAUAAUUCUCUCAAUCAUUUAGUUUUAAUCUUAAAUAUGUUAAAAUAUAAAUCAUAUUUUCCCCGA